AUGUCCCGUUUACGAAGAGCUACGCGCAAACUGUUGCAUGAACCGGAAGAAGAUAAUGACAUUCAGCCUGAGUUUUACGAUGAACAGGAGCAGGAAAAGAUUAUCCACGAUAUUGAGCUGGAGCUUCAUUCCACUGAGUCCUUUUUCCGUUCUGCCUUCACCGCCGUAAUGCUCUUACCAACACCUCUCUUUCUUGUGCUCCCCUACUGUCGCGUAUACAACUCUAUGUUAUCGUUACUUUCAAUCAGCUCGAUUGCAUUGUCAGUAUACAUUAUUAACAUUCUCAAGCCGGCAGUCCCUUGGCUUUUUCUUCCUCUUCCUGGCUUUACAGCUACUGAAAUCGCUUUGACCCCUAUAGAGAUCUAUGUUUCACCGCUCAAUAUUGUUCUUGCGGCAGUAAUUCUUGCAGCAGGUUUACUCAUACAUUAUCCAUGGGCUGGCUUUGAUUAUAUUUGGUCGCUGCCUACAAUCUCUGUAGCCACUGCUGUUAUGCUGCGCAAGUGGAUUGCAGAUACCAACGCGUCUGUUGUUACUUUGCACAAGACCAAGUAUCCUUAUAAAGGAGCAUAA